AUGUCUUCACUUCUGGAAAAAGCACUUCUUCGCCUACAGGUCUUUUCGAAAGGACCCAGCCUCGGACAUUUCUUGAAGCUUCACCUUACAGUCAAUGAUAUGUUGAAUUUGCGAUUGACAUCGCGUUCACUUCACGACCUUUCCGAGUUAAACAAAGUUGCGUUUGAGACCAUCCACAUACACACACCUGUGCCUCCUGGACGCGAGCAACAUAUUGAUGCACUCGCGGCUGUCGCAAUUGUCUGUCGACAUAUCGUCGUUAAGAUUGCGUUUCCCUCCAAAGCAAGCAACUCUCCCUUGCUCCAACCACCAUCUGCUGAAACCAGUCCCUACGCCUCAGAAUCCAACACCAGUAGUGAGAUUCUUUCUGAGAUCAUUGAGUCUUACUGCCCAUAUGUCGAGCCGCCUAUUGCGUGGAAGUUUGUCGUUCAGAGAAAGCCUGGCGAUGUUGAUCAAGUUCUACUGGAAAAGUGGUGCCAGAUCUUCAAGCUCUUAUCAAACAUGGAAACUUUGCAUAUCGCUUGCAAUGGCGACCCAGCUUGGCCAGGCUGUACUGAUAUUGAGUCUCUACUCGUCAUCCUUCGCAUUGCUCUUGAGAGGACAAAUCCAAAGCAUUUGCAAACAGUUCGCUUGUCUCCCAUCCAUGCUAUGGGCAUCAUGCACCUACGCUGGGCAGGUGCCGGCGCCUAUGGGGAAGCAUGUGCUGCUCGAGAUCCGGUUUGGUAUCGAUUGAAGGUGUUGGAGCUACAGAUUUAUAAUCCAUAUCACCAACUAUCAAAGUCUCAGACUCAGGUGUUCGACAAGAUCUUUACCGACUACCUGCAGAGCUUCAGCCGGACACUGACCAGACUUGACAUAUCAUGGAUUGGUGCAGACGGCCCAGAUCCAUUUGCCGCUGGGGAUGGCCACCCGAAUCUGAAGUUCAUGAGAAGCUGGAGCAGGCUCGAAGAGCUGUGGCUUGGCCGUGUAAAGACGGGACAUGAUGUCUCCUUGAUCAAGCAGCUGGCUCCCCAUCUACAACGACUCAUGGUUGCGAGCGAUGUGCUAGACAAGGAUGGCGAAUCUACGCAUCAGGCAUGGGAUCGCUUGGUUCAGCACGAGGACCAUCACAAGGACGGCAGUGAGUGGAUGGCCCUGCGAGAUGUGCGUCUCUCGGCACUUCCUGCACCGCUCUUCCAGAACCGUCUUGCAUAG